UUGGUUGAAAGUCAACGUGUGCAGCUGAAUGAAAAAUGGUUCUUGUUUCUUCGAAGAAAAAUCAUAAGAAAUAAUAAUGAGUUCCCAUAUUGACAACAUAAUACCUAGACUAGCAGAAGCUGUCGAAACUGUUAUGAACCCGUCUGUAGGGCACAAUGACCGUCUUACAGCUCAUAAGAUUUGUGAAGAAUUCAAAGAAUCAUCCCCAGAUUGUCUUCCUUGUGGUUUGGUUUUAGCAGGGAAACAGUUUUCUCCUAUUCUAAGACACUUCGGUUUACAGUUAGUUGAACACUGUAUCAAGUUUCGAUGGCAUACGAUGUCACAAAAUGAUAAGGAUAAUUUGAAGAAAAGUUCAAUGGAAUUAGUAAACCAGGGCACACACAGUCUUCUGGAGGAGGAGCUACAUAUCAAAGAUGGCGUGUCUCGGAUCAUGGUGGAGCUAAUCAAAAGGGAAUGGCCUCAACUCUGGCCAUCAUUACUCACUGAGCUGCAUGACCUGUGUCAGUAUGGGGAGACUCAGACGGAGCUGGUGCUGAUGAUCUUCCAUCGUCUGGUGGAGGAUGUGGUGGCUUUCCAGAACCUGCCUCAUCAGCGGCGGCGGGAGGUGCUGCAGGCGCUCACCUCCCAGAUGACCCAGCUCUUCCACUUCUUCCUAAGCCUGCUGGAGAACAACACCUCGCGCUACCGGAAGCUGUCAGGAUCUGAGAACGAGUUGGAGAAGCUGCAAGCCCAGGCAUCGUGUCGUGUGAGUGAGGCAGUGCUGUCAACUCUCACGGGGUUUGUGGACUGGGUCAACAUGUCCCACAUUGUCGAGAGAGAAGGCCUCCUCUUGCAGCUGCUCUGUUUGUUGCUAAGCGUCAGCAGUCUGCAGUUGUCUGCAGCCGAAUGUCUUCUACUUAUCGUCAGUCGAAAGGGUAAGCUGGAAGAAAGGAAACCUUUGUUGGUGUUGUUCAGUGAAGAUGCGAUGGCAACCAUACUUAAUGCUGCAGUUGCUGCAGAGAAGUCAUCCCGAGAUGAGUACUACUACCUAUUCCUGAAGAGGCUGUGUCAAGUGCUCACUGAGACGGGGAAACAGCUCUGUGUUUUAUGGGGCUCGACAGAGAAUGUCACCCAGCCUCCCAACUUCUCCACCUAUCUUCAAGCUCUCUUGGCAUUCUCAGAACACCCUAGUCAGAUGUUAGGCAGCUACACUCAGACACUAUGGAGUUCACUUCUUCGUCAUGAAAGUAUUUCAGAGGAUCCAGUACUUGUCUCCUUCAUACCUCACCUGGUCAAGUCCAUGACAAAAACACUACUGAAGGUUGGUUUCCCCAGUCAGAACAACUCUCCCAGCUGUGAAUAUGCAAGGUUGGAUUUUGACAGUGAUGAGGAAUUCAACAUGUUCUUUGCAAGGUACAAGGUGGAUAUUGCAGUCACGCUGCGUCAGGCCACGCUGCUCGAGCCCAAGAUCACCUUCAGUAUAGCCAUGGAGUGGCUUCACGAACAGCUGCAUAAACCUGUCGCCACGGGGGAAGGUCAGGACAAGAGCUACUGCACGUUCAGCUCGCCGUCCUUCCUCGAGUGGGAUGCCCUGACUGUGUUCCUGGAGAGUGUCAUGUCCCGGCUCUUCAUCUCCCAGAAACCCAAGCCGGAGGUUCAGGAAGGCAUCGACAUGCUGCAGAGAGUGCUGGACUACCAGACACAGGACCCUCUCAUCCUGUCCUGCUUGCUGUCAUGUGUGUCUGCUCUGUUCCCGUUCCUCACCUACACACCAGAGAGACUGCCGGUGGUGCUGGAGAAGAUAUUCCAUGCAGUUGUGUUCAACCUGUUCGGGCAGACAAAGUCGACGAGGAGUCGGGCUGUAAAGAAUGUGCGGCAGCAUGCAUGCUCUGUGUUGGUGAAGAUCUGCAAGCAGUACCCAGACCUCCUGUUUCCUGUGUUUGACCGGCUGUAUGAUCACAUCAAACAUAUCAGCAAGGACCCCGAGCAGUUGUCCCAGAUGGAGAAGUGUAUACUCACAGAAGCCCUCAUACUCAUCAGCAAUCAGUUCAAAGAUUUCGACAAGCAGUCGUCAUUUAUAGAAGAAGUUCUGUCUCCUGUCAAAGACUUGUGGGUUUCACCAGAAUUCACAGAAGCAUUCAGCAGUCCAGCCAAGUUCAUGUCCUACGUUGGUCUAGAUCAGCCCCCGGUGGAGCCCAGUUCAGCAGACACUUGUGGUAUUAACAGGUCACAUAUAAGUUACUGUAUCAACACCAUCCUGGCUGUGAUGAAGAGAACAAAGUGGCCGGAUGACAUGCAGGUCGCUCUGAAUGGGGGCUUCGCCAACGGUAAUCAGAGCAACGGUGGCCCCAUCCUCAGGAACCCUGCCACACCCCACAUCAGUCAGCUGCUGGAGAACCUCAUGUCCCUCAUCAAGACCCUGAGUCAGCUGUGGCUGCCGGAAUUCCUCAAGCUGAGACACCCUGACUUUGCAAUGGCUUAUGAUUUACAAGACAAUGAGAAACUGCAAAUACUAGGUAUCCCCCCGCCAUGCAAUGACAGCACAGAGACAACCACAUCCAAACACCCGCUGGAGAGGAUGCAGAACUUCCUGUCCAUCAUCUAUGAAAACUGCUUUCACAUCCUGGGCAAUGCUGGUCAGUGUCUGGGCUAUGAGUUCUACACGGCGCCAGGACUCGUGGAGUAUGUCCUCAAGUCGGUCAUCCAGCAGCUUCACCACAUCCCCGACUACAGACUCCGGCCCAUCAUCCGUGUGUUCAUGAAGCCGUUUGUCCAGAACUGCCCCAAGGAGUGUCAGACAACAGCACUGCUGCCCAUCCUGUCCACCCUCUGCCCCUACAUGCUACAGAGGCUGAGUGUCAAGUGGAACCAAAUUAAUCUCCGAUAUGAGAAGGCAGAAAAUGGUGGUGAGAAGGAGCAGGAGGAGGCGGAGGUGGUGGAGGACCAGCUCGCCAGGCAGCUGUCUCGGGAAUAUAUGGAGCUGCUUGGGUGUGUGUGCUACUCUCGGAAGUCCAACAUGGAGUCGUCAGAUGAUGUGGCCAUGGAGGACACGGACAACAGCGCAGCUCAGUCUAGUCAGCCCAGCAAGGACGACAGUCUCAGUGAACUCGGACAGCAGUGUAUGAAAACUGAGAGCCUGUUCCCCUCCAUCCUGCUGUGUGUGUACAGUGGACUCUCCUGGAAUGAUACGACGGCCUGUAACAAAUGUGUCAACCUUGCCUGGCCGCUAGUCAAACAGCUGCAGUCAGAAGAUGUGAUGACCCACGAGGCAGCAUCCCACGUGUUCAUGUCGGUGCUCAACGCCCUGCAGGUGCACGGCCAACAUGAGGGCUCCCAGGCCAUGUUGCUGGGUCUGGGGCUACAGCUGUAUGAGGCACUGAGGCCAUCGUUUCCAGACCUUGCCAAGAUACUUCUUCAGAUAACAGAUGUGACACAUCAACAGGUCCAGUCUUUUGAUGACAAAAUCCUCCAGUCCAGUCCACAGAAACAACACUCUGAGAAGAAAAAGAAGGAAGCUUUCAAGAAACUCGUGUCUGGAGUAAUAGGGAAAAAUAUUGGUCAGCAGUUUAAGCGUGAAGUCCACUACCAGAAUCUGCCGCCCAUGUUCCGUCACCGGCCCAAACACCCGUCGGUCGAUGAUGUGGAGAAAUCCGACAUUGGAUUGUGCCAGUUGUUUAAACCUGACCCUCCCCUCAGGAAAUGAUGAUAGCGCUGUGAUUUCGAAAGUCUGAUGUUGGAUAAAAAUCAUAAUUCCUUAAUUUUGGGGAGUGUUUCCAGGUCUUCCAAUCAACUGUUCAGGGAUUUUACAGCUUAUGUCAACAAAACUGUUAAAAUACUCAUAUUUACUCCAAAAAAUGAAGGCCAUCACUAUUGGCAGUAUUUUUAGGUAGAACAAAAUAAGAUCAAGUAAAAAAAGAUCUUCCAGUUUAUAAUCUGUUCUUGUUGUUAUCAAGUUACUUCACAACUUCUAUGCAAUUGGUGCAAUUUUGGUUUGUGUGUUUUUCUUUCUGAAAUGUCUUUGUAGAUUCAGAGGGUCUGUGGGGUAUGUCUCAAAACUUAAGGAAUUAGGUUUCUUAUCCAACAUUGAACUUUUGAUUUGCUCCCUAACAAUGAAAUGAACAACAGAUGAUUCUUGAAAUGAAAGCUGGAAAUGUGUCAAGACAAAUGUUUUAAUGGAUGUUGCCUAAGGUGUGAUUUGUCACCGACGAUAAAUUCAUCUUGCCAAAACUACACUUCAUCCCAAGUGUCUCGUUCACCACUGAUGCUUGACAUUGUCUGCAAGGAACUGUCCACAAAUGAGACUGCAAGCAAAAUGUGCAAGAAUAUUAUGGAUGUUUUAUUUGCGGGAACUGUUUGUUGACCAGGGCUGGAUAAUAAGCUACUUGCCCUUUGUGUGAAUGGUGUGCCGUCUUUAUACAUUUUGUAUGUUUGGUAAUAAUGUUCAUUGAAGUUGUGUCAUCUUUUUAACCUCUGUAAAUGUGUCGAUGUAAUUGAGAUCAACAACCUUGAUUUAAAAUCAGUCCCAUU